GCGAUGUGUCAAAAAAAGGCUUUGAGUUGAGUUUUCUUUCCGGUUUUAAACUUGUGGCAGAGUAGUUCGUUUAAUUUAACUGCAGACGCAAUGGCCAAGUCGAAGAAUCAUACAAAUCACAAUCAGAACCAAAAGGCUCACAAGAACGGCAUCAAAAAGCCAAAACGCCAGCGCAGUGAAUCGACCCGCGGUAUGUGCCAGAAAUUCCUGCGUAAUCUACGGUUUUCCAAAAAAGGAAACCUCUCCCGCGAGGAGUCGCUGAAACGGGCCGAGGAACGUAAGGCCAAAAUGGAGGGACAACCACAGCCGGUCAAACUGUAAAUUGUCUUGGUGAAUAUGAAAACGAGCUGAUUGAAUAAAAGUUGGAUACUAAUUUUUUAUUGCAAUGCGA